CUAAUAUCUUUAGCUAACGCCAAACGCGCUUCAUUUGAACCCUUUCCGCUACGAGCGCGCUGCUUCUCUCCAGCCAAAGACGCGCAUCAUUAAAAGCAGCAGAUACGUUUUAACAACAAUAGUGCAGACACGCAGAGCAGACAGCGUGAUGCAUCAGGAGAUUAUACAGGAGGACUUGAACUUUAGCCAUUAUAACAUGGACUAUGUAUACGAUGGCCAUUUGAUCACAUUAGAGGAUCAUCUGUCUUAUGGCCCUGUGAUCUGUGCUGUAUGCUAUAUCAUCAUCAUCUGCAUCAGUCUACCAGGAAACUGUUUCUUGCUGUGGGUCCUGAAAAAGGAGGGUUUGAAGAGCUCCGCCGACUGGUUCCUUCUCCAUCUCACAGCGUCUGACCUCAUCUUCACCCUCAUGUUGAUCCCCUGGACCAUCGAUAACAUCUGUGGCUGGGUCUUUGGCGAGCUGGGCUGCAAACUAUUCAACUGGGGCAUCUUCCUGGGUCUGUACAGUUACAUGACAUUUCUCACGGUCACAACGGUCCAUCGCUACAUGGUGAUCGUGCAUCCGGUGAUCGUCACAUCCGCUGCUAAUUGUUUCAGACUUCACACGCACGUCUCAUCCUCCAUUGCGUGGCUAAUCUCCAUAGGCUUCAGUCUCCCCGAAGCCUUCUACUCUGCAACUGUAGACAAUCCUGACAUGGUCUUGUGUGUUCUCAAAUAUGACUCAGAAUUCACAGAGACACUGGGUUAUUUUCUUCAGAUAAUUUUCUUUUUCAUGCUGCCGUUCAUGGUUAUUGCAUUCUGUUAUGCCUGGAUGGGGUUUACCAUUCAUAAGAGCCACAUGGCGAGCAGAAACAGACAUAACGCUGCAUGUAUUAUUUUCUGUGUUGUCGUGGGCUUUUUUAUCUGCUGGACACCGUACAACAUCUUCCUCUUUCUAGUCGUCUUGAAGAGUUUAGAUGUCCCUGCAUUGAUGGCAUGGGAAAUCUCGGAGAUGGUGUACGUCAUCUGUCACAUUCUAGCGUUCAGCCACUGCUGUCUGAAUCCUCUCAUUCAGAUCUUAGGAGGAAAGAAGUUCAGGAGAUAUCUCUCAUGGUCCUCACGGAGGUACACAAGACAUACUUUCAGCACCCAGAGCAGCUUCUCAGGGCAAACACAUCUCUGAAUUUCUGGACACAUGACAGGCAGAGAAAACGAAGAAAAUAUGGGUCAAAUAAGAAUAUAUGAGACAGAGUUUUUCAAAUCAAAUUUAAAACGCACAUGGAUUUGUAAAAUACACACAACUUCACAAAAGCCAAACUAGAUGCAACACGUCAAUAGCAAAUUUUGGAGCAUAACAAACAUUUUUUAAGUGUAUUUACUUGAUGUGUUUAAAAAGAUUAUAUGUUGACUUUAAAAAGUGUCUGCAUCAGUGUUGUUCUGUGUUACCAAAUAUAAAAGAGGAAGAGACAAAAAAAGAGGUUGUAAAACUUAGUAUUUUCAUUUCAUUUUAUUUACUUAUAAAGCACAAACAAACACAACAAAGGUUGACCACUGUGCUGUACAAAUGAGACAGUUAAAAUGAAAGGAGUAAAAGAACAUACAAGCAUAGUACAAAAUAAAAACUGUACAAUUAUAAAUAUUGGAUAAAAUUUAGACUUAUAUCGUAUUAAAAGCAGGGCUAAAAAUGCGACUUUAACUUAGAUUUAAAAUCAUGAACAGAGGAAGCAGAUCUAACAGAUAGCGACAGAUUGUUCCAUAACAUAGGACCGGCCACUGCAAAUGCACGGACUUCUCUGUUUCAAUCUUGAUCUUGGAUAAGAUAGACUGAUAGCCUACUAUUUGAGGAUCGCAGACAUCUACCCGACCUAUUCAAAAUUACAAGAUCCUACAAAUAUGUGGGAGACAGACCAUUCAUAGACUUUAUUACAAACAGUACAAUUUUAAAUUAAAUUUUGUAUUCCACUGUCAAACAGUUUAAAGACAGUAAAAUCGGGGUAAUGUGAUCUCGUUUUCGAGCCCUUAUGUACA